ACGGCUGCGCAGCUCGACAAAUAGAAGAGAAGUGAAGAUCGAAAGGCGAAAAUAUGAAAAUGUGAAUGGAGUUUUCACGCUGAUUUUUACGAAAUUGAAGCAUGUACACGAAUAAUUGUGUAAUUAAUAGUGUCUGCAGCAACCUAUGUUUUCGCACCUCCAUAUAUGUUCAAAAACGAUGGAAAUCAAAAAAAGUUCACUGGUCGGUCUUAGCUAAGAAGAUAUAUCCAGUAGACAAAGCCUUAGAACAUUUUGAUGACUUCUAUAAAACAGUUUUUGGUAGGAGAUGGCCGUCUAUCCGCCUUGCUCUUCUUUCACCACAUAAAUAUUGUGCUGUAAUCAACAAUUUUGGUGAUUCUGACAUGGCAGUGUCAGACUUACAGAACAUUGGUGCCAUGAGCAUGAGAAGGCUGUUUGAAUUGGAGAAAGAAACCAUCAAGCAACAGAAACAAGAAGACAGAAGAAAGAAAGAUCUAGAGAAAAUUUUCAAGCUUGAUAGAAAAUUGGAACAAAUGAUGGUUGCCAAACAGCAAAAGGAACUUGAAUCUCUAUAUCCACACAGGGAGAAGAGUGAAAGUGCCUGUGUGCCAGCAGAUAUUCUUACAUUGAACAAAAGUAGUUCUGACACAUCCCAUGGAUCGUCAGUCAAUAUGAACAGAAAAGAUCAUGCUGAGGAAUGUGGAGAUGCUCUCAUUGAGAAAUCAUUACACUCAAGUCUCAGAGAUGCUGAUUUUGAUACACAGCGGCUCAUUGAUCCAGCCAGCGGACUGUCAGCGGCUGCACUGUAUGAAUAUGUGCCAGCUACUCGUCUCAAGGGCAUGGAAGACUGGAUUGUGGAAUCACAGCAUUAUCGCUACUACAAGAAAAACACUGACUUUCCUGUUCACAUAGAAAGUGAUCAUGAUUUUAUCUUUCCUGAUCAUCUUCAGGUGUUAACAUUUGAACGAGGAAAUGUCUCAUCAUUCCCAGCACCAAAACGUGGUUCAACUGGUGUUCUUAAUUACUACUUGUUGGAUGGUGGAUCACUGUUGCCAGUCUUAGCACUGGGUGUGAAUCCUGGUGACCGAGUGCUGGACAUGUGUGCUGCUCCUGGGGGAAAGUCUCUGCUGAUGCUGCAAACACUUUUUCCAGCACUUCUUGUGUGCAAUGAUGUUCAGGAAUCACGUACCAAUAGAAUCCAUGCAGUAAUUAAGCAGUACCUUUACAGUAUGGAUAAAUGGAAGAACAGACUAAUUGUUACUCAGAGAGAUGGCAGAGACAUAGAUGAGUACAAUAUUUACAAUAAGAUCUUAGUUGAUGUUCCUUGCACCAUAGAUAGACAUAGUUUACAUGAAAAUGAAAAUAAUAUUUUCAAACCAACAAGAGUAAAAGAAAGACUGAAGAUACCAGAAAUACAGGCUGAACUUCUAGGUUACUUUUGCAGUCAUGCUCUGAAGCUGGUACAACCUGGAGGGACAGUGGUGUAUUCGACAUGUUCUUUGUCACCAAUCCAGAAUGAUGGUGUGGUGCAUAUGGCUCUUCGUAAAGUGUGGGAAGAAACUGACAUUCAGGUUGUUGUUAAGGACAUGACAGCUGCUCUGGAGCCAGUGAAUUGUAUGUACAAGUUGGGACAGGACCUGGGAUUGAAGUAUGGUCAUUUGGUGUUGCCUUUUAUUCCAUGUAAUUUUGGACCAAUGUAUUUCUGCAAACUUGUCAGAAGAAAGUAGUUCACUGGCUUUAUACCUUAAGCAAAAAUAAAUGGUUAAUAGUAUUAGAAUAUUGCAAAAUAA